CUAUGCACUGAGACACAGACGCCACUGGGGAAGAAAGGAACACCCGAAACAGAGAGAACACAUAAAGAAAGAAAAAAGCUUUAAUCACUUGCAAGAAACGCUUGAUUCUUCUCCACUCCUGCCUUAAAUAGAAUAGAAUGCUUCAACUCUGAUUCAAUUCAGUCUUUUAAUAAGUCUCCAGCUGAAUAAUCACCACAGCUCUCUCCGUCGCCAUCUUCACACUAUGAGAAAGAGAAGCCCGGCGGCGCUGGUCAUCUUCAACCUCAUAGCUUUCACAUUCCUCGCCAAAAAUCCAGUCUUGGCGAUGGCGAUGGUGCAGGAGAAGACAGAAAUAGGGGGAGGCGUUUCUCCGCCGGAAGGCAACAGCACAUUCGUCGGCGGCACGACCUGGUGCGUGGCGCGGGCGAGCUCGCCGCCGGCGGAUCUGCAGGUGGCCCUGGACUGGGCGUGCGGUAAGGGCCAGGCAGACUGCCGAGCCAUCCGGGCCGGUGGGCCCUGCUUCGAGCCCGACACCCUCAUCGCCCAUGCCUCCUUCGCCUUCAACAGCUACUACCAGCAGAAUGGCAACUCCGACAUCGCCUGCUACUUCGGGGGCACUGCUGCCCUAACUCGAAAUGAUCCCAGUUAUUCAAGAUGCAUGUUUUCCACUUCAGAGUCUAUAAAGGCUUCUUCUGCAGCUUCAAAUGGGGAAGCAAGCAGCAGAACAUGGUGGAAUAUUGCUGUAAUUCUGCUGGCUCUACUUCUGAAAAGAUGACCACUUUAGUUCUUCUGCCUAAAUAAUUAUUCACUUCAACUUUUGUAUGCAAUGAAUAUAUAUAUAAUGUAUGCCCGCGCUUUGCUUUAUCUAUUUUAUUUGAUUAGGGUUGUUAGUUGUAAAAAUUUUGCGCAAGUAUUCCUUGCUCUCUUACUAAUUCAAGAACCAUUGGCGUAGUAACAAAAAAGGAAACUCAUGUUUCUUCUUUGAUUUCCCUUUCUAACGUCUACACUGGUCAAGAAAUUAAGUCAAUAAAUUUAGCUCUACCGAGAUGAGUGUGCUGAUCUGAUCAGCUUCGAGGAGAACGAGAAUCCUCUUGUAA